GUUUCAUUAUCUUUGCUCCAAUUUAUAAAUUAAAAAAUAUAAAAUUAAAAAAAAAAAAUAAAAAAUAAAAAAAAAUAACAAAGAACAAUAUUUACAUUUAUUCAAUUGUCUUUAUUAGUUUUAUUAUUAUUAUAUAACUUUAGGUGCUAUAUAUAUAUUAAAAAUUUAAAUUUUAAACUCAACAAAUUGUAUUUAAUACACUUAUUUAUUAUUUUUAAAUUUUUUUCAUUUCCACUCAUUUUUUUUUAUUUUUUUUUUUUAUAUUUAAAUACCACCUCCACCAAAAAUUUUAAUUUAUAUCUUUUUUUAUAAAUUUUAAAUUAAUAAUAAUCUAGUUAUCAAAUAAAAUUUUAUUUAUCUUUCACUUUUCCUAUCUAUCUUUUUCCCUAUAUAUACAAAUUUUAACGGUCAAAAAAAAAAAAAAAAAGUUCAUAAUAAUAACUUAUUAUAAUUUUUAAAAAAUAAACAAUUUGGUUUUUCUUUAUUAAAGAAAAUAACAACAAAAAAAUAUAAAUAAAAAUGUCAACUACAGUUUCAAAUAAGAAGUGUUCUUUCCCAAUUUGUCAAAAAGAUGUUUAUCAUCAUCAUGUUAAAGAUUCACAUGAUAUCUUGAUUGAACCACCACACGAAAGAUCAUUAAAAGCAUGGUAUUGCGUCGAUUGCUUUUCAGUCUGGAGAUCUAAUGUUACAGUUUGCGAAUAUUGUAAUCAUCAAAAAUCAGAGGUUUGUGGAUGGGCUCGUAGAAGAACCUAUUCUGCUGAUUAUUUGCCACUCUGCUAAAUAAUUAAUUUUUUUUGGUUGAAAAAGAAAAAAACAAAACAAAAGGAAAGAUAACAAAACUCAUUCCUUUUCAUUCCCUCUUUUUUUUUUUUAAAUCAUAACUAUACAACUCUAUUAUAGCAAUAACAUGUGAUAACACAUACACACACACAUACCAUAUAUUUUCUCUUUUAUUUAUAAAUCUAUAAAAUAUUUGUUUGUUUUUAUUUUUUUUAAACUCAUUUCACAUAUACACAUCAUAUCAUAUUCCUCACGCUCGUUCACGCAGACCUUAUAAUAGGAAUUUAUUUGUUUAAUUUUUCUAUAUUUAUUAAUUUAUUCGAUAGUAUAAUAAUUGUCCAUUUUUAAUAUUAUAUAUAAUUUAUUAUUUUUUUUAAUAUAUUUUAAAAAAGAAAAUAAAAUAAUAAUUUAAAUUAUAAUAUUCUUGUUGUUGAUGUUGAUUCUUUUUUUUUCCUCAAAAAAAAAAAAAAGAAACACACACACAGUAUCGCAUAUUAUUUUAAAUUAUUAAAAUUCGUGUUUUUUUAUAU